AUGACUAAGAAGUUGGUAUCUGGCAUAAAUACGGGAAGGAGGCAAGCGGCGGCACAGUGUUGUCUCCCCUGCGAAGUCAGUGAAGAGGCAGUCAUGGUGCUUCCUCGUUCUUUGAUCGUGGUUUUGGCCUUAAUGGCAAUGGUUUACUCGGCGAACGCCGGUGGAGGUGGAUACGGGAGCAGAGGAGGCGGUGGAGGAGGUGGUUUUGGUAACGCUGGAGGAUUUAGUGGCGGUGGAGGAGGGUUUGCUGGACACGGUGGAGCUGGCGGAUUUAGUGGAGGUGCUGGAGGAGUAGGUGGAGGAGCCCGAGGAUUUAGCGGAGGAAGCGGUGGGCAUGGCGGCGGACGAGGUGGAGGCAGCGUCGUUCACGCGCGCUUGGUCGGCGUUGGCGUUCUUCCUAGCGUCGGUGGCGGCGGCUCAGGUUUCGGUGGCGGUAGCGGAGGUUUCGGCCAAGGUGGAGGACGAGGAGGAGGAGGACGAGGAUCCUUCGGUGGAGGACAAGGAAGUGGCGGAGGAAGUUACGGAUGCGUCAAAUAUAAGCUUGUCUUACGGAAAUUCCAAUAUUACAUUAAGUGUAUCAAGAUCUGGAAAAUACAAGAUUUCAGUUUUGAAGUUCAAGGACAUAUCAGCAAAAGCCCAUGUCCUUGUGGAAGAAGUAAAUAUCUGGCAUAA